UAACACAUCUAUAAAUAGCAACGAAGUGUUGGCUUUUAAUUUCCUCCAAUUUCUUCUUCUUCUUCUUAUUCUUCAAAUCGCAGGGCUUUCUCAGCUCUCUCUCUAGAACCCUCUAUUGUUUAUAUGGCAUCUCAAGCCAGCCUCCUCCUUCAAAAACAGCUCAAAGAUCUUUGUAAGAAUCCGGUUGAUGGGUUCUCUGCCGGAUUGGUUGAUGAGAACAAUAUCUUUGAAUGGAGUGUUACAAUUAUUGGACCACCUGAUACUCUUUAUGAAGGAGGAUUUUUCAAUGCCAUCAUGAGCUUUCCGCCUAAUUAUCCAAACAGUCCUCCAACAGUGAAAUUUACAACAGAGAUUUGGCAUCCUAAUGUUUAUCCUGAUGGGCGUGUUUGCAUUUCUAUUCUUCAUCCUCCUGGUGAUGAUCCAAAUGGCUAUGAGCUUGCAAGUGAGCGCUGGAUGCCGGUCCAUACAGUUGAAAGUAUUGUAUUGAGUAUAAUAUCAAUGCUUUCCAGCCCUAAUGACGAAUCUCCUGCAAAUGUUGAAGCUGCUAAGGAAUGGAGAGAUAGGAAAGAUGAAUUCAAGAGAAAGGUUGGCCGCUGCGUCCGUCGAUCACAAGAAAUGUCAUGAUCUGUGAUGGCUGUUGCUUUCGUUUCUUUACAAUUUAUGAACCCAUGGAAAGCGUUAUCUUGUAGGGAGAUCAAAUGUGGUUGAUUACAGUGAAGAGCCCUUGUGAACCCAGGGAUUGCCUCAACUUCUCCUCCCUUUUUUCCUAUUUUAUUUUAUUGUGCCCUUAAUUAGUAAUUUUUAAUAACUCAAAUGUUUAUUUUGCAUUCGAAAGCGUUUUUGUUUUGAUUAGUGUUUGUUGGCAAGCGUUCUUGUUGAUUAUCUCGUUUGUGACUCUAACGCUUCUUUUGAUGGA